CCAUAAAGGCAUCCAAUUUGCGGUUAGUCGACAACCCUGGAGUUCGCUCAUCGGACGGCCGUUUUGGCAAAAAAGCACGCAACUGCUAAAUAAAGUUUAUUUAAUUCAUUGUGCAGCCAUGAGUCUUCAAAGGUCCUCGUCGUUCAGCUUGACUUUUAACCAAAACACUGCGAUUGUUUCGCGUACCAAUAGUCGCACAAUAUACGAAGCUUACGGGGAGUUCUUGGAUAUCUGGGACAUCGGCAACGAAAUCUUUGGAGAGCCCCCAGUUCGAUUCCCUAGCAGCGGAGGUUCCAACUUGCCGCAGAGUUUCGGGGCCAACGGAGAUGCGCAGCUGGUGACGCUGGGGGAUCAAACAUCUGGCGGACACAACAUGGUGCAGCUUUCCAACAAUUUGGAAAAUUCAGCCAACAAUAUUUAUGAUGCCAAUAACAACAUGGGAUCAUGCAGCAAAUUGUUUUUCAGCCACAAGGGGUGA